AUGUCAUCUUCCUCAAGUAAAUAUCCUGGAAAAUCUCUCAAAUAUUUAGUUGCCUCUCGAGGAGAGAUUAAUUCCAAGUUUCCUCAUCUCUAUGAUGCCAUUGUCACUUCCUCCAAUGGUGACGCCAUUCCAUUCUUCCAAUUAUUCAUGCAAAUCAAUGCUCCUGAAAUUGUUCCUCUCAAAAAAGAAAAAAAUGGCCUCGCCACUUACAAAGUCAAUUAUGACACUGAUGUGACCAACAAAGCUCUCGAAUACAUCUUGACAGGCAAAAUUAAUAAGGAAUUUGAGAAUUACAAAAAAGUGGAAGAAUUUUUGAAAACUUCAGGAACCAAUACUGCCAAAUGGGUCAAGUACACCUUGCCAAAUGUUGCAGACAAGUUGCCACUUGCUGAUUUGAGUCUGAAAUCGAAAUUGUUGAAACAACCAAUUCAAAUGCAUCGGUUGGUGUUGGCCAGUCAUUGCACUUGGUUUAGAACUCACUUGGCAAGUACAGCUCCUACUGCCAACAAACCAUCCUCUGCCCCUUCGACUCCAUAUGUGAUUCCUGACACGUAUGUCAAAUAUUUGACACAGAAAAAGGAAAAUUAUUAUAAUUCACCAUUGGAAGUUGACUUGGAUCAAUUUGAACCUCCUUCAGAGAAGCAUAUCCGAGCCAUGGUUCAUUUCUGUUACAGCGAUGACUUUGAUGCAGCAUGUGAAAAGUUUGGAAUUACUUCUGAGGAAGACGUGAAUCAAUUGUUCCAGUUCGCAGAGAAAAUUGGUUUGAUUGGUGUGUUGGGUGAAUAUGCCAAGAGACUUGCCAAGAACAUGACUCUUCAAACUGUUGGUAGAAUUUUCAGCAUGUCCACAAAGGGUGAAGAACAAGAGGUUCAUGACAAGGCCGUUCAAUUCAUUUUCACCAAUUGGAGUGUCUUGAGAAAGGGUGAUUUGAAGAAUCAAAUGACUGCAGAGGAAGAGAAACUCUUGUAUGAACAAGUGAGUGGAAUUGCAAACAUGUUUUGUCUUCAUAAGAAGAAUGGGUUGAUGUAA